AUGCGAAACCAAAACACAAAUCAUCUAUUCAGUGAGGAGACAUGCAAAAAAUUGAAUCGAUACUUCAUGGAAGGGCAAAACACGGACGGCGCCUGGAAAGAUGAGGAGAAGCUAGUUGAGUUUAUUUGGUUUUGGUUGAGUUUUCAUUUUGCUCGCCGCGGCAGAGAGGGAUGAAGGGAGCUUAAAAGCAGUCAUUUUAAAUAAAAACUGAUGACACUGAAGCCGUUAAGUCACCGAAAAACUUACUGAACAAACUGAAAAUUACCAAGGAGGCGCUAAACAGUCUGAGUCAUACUCGGAUGUUCGAAUGUACGAAACGUCAGUUGCACUGGAUCCAGUAGCUGCGUUUGAAUUUUACCUCUGCAAGACUCAACCCGACUGCAAGUCACUGUUUCAGAGUCCAAGCAAAGAUACCACCAAGAAUAUAAACUUUGCAAACCCCCGAGAGGGGUACAGAAAUGAGCCAGUCUGGGGAAAAUACCAUCAACAAGAUGAUGGAACGGAUUUCCAUCAAAGCAGAGUGGCAUCGACUGUCACUUCUUUGUUCCAGCGCGGUGUAGGUUUUUUUUUUUGUCGCCGGCCCGUCAGCCGGUCCUAGCUCAAACUUAAACCCACAGUCUCUUCUCUAAAACCAAAAUUGCACCCAACAUAUUCAGAUUGGAAUGAUGAACAUUUAUCACGGAACGUAUGAAGGACUGUCGCUAAUCAACCGGCAAACGCCGCCGAAUAAUCAAAAGCGAUGAUAGCGACUAAAAGCUCUAACUUAUUUCACGAAAUUAGCAAAGACAGUCUGAGUCCAUUGCCUGUGAACGGGGAGACUAUUAUUUUUUUAAAUAUAAACUGUCUUUUUGCUAAUCAUUGUUACCAAUCUUUUCAAAACCAUAUUAUAUUUGAAUUUUGCCUUCUUCAACAAGCUCUCGUAACUUGAUGUACUGUCAUUAAAUACCGUUCACAAGCCUUUCUCUUGCGUUCUUUCCAAUUUGCGCUUGUCGGAUGCUGUUAUGAAGAACCGUACAAUUGAACAAUAGUUCAACCCAGAAAGGAUAACAGAUUUAGAAAGACGCAACUUGGUCUUCUCUUGGCACUAGUUUCCUCAUCCUUGUCAGAGUUCCAAUCCUAGAAGUAGCUUUGGGGCACAUUAACUUAUCAUGUUUACUAAAAUUAAGUUUGUUAUCUAGAACGACUCCUAAUAAUUUCAGAGAGUUUCUCAAUCAAAAACGUCAUAAACAAACCAGCCAUGAAUAACAGAAGAAUCUUGAUAGGAGCUGUAUUUCAUUUUGUACAUCCAGUGGAAAAAGUAGUUAAAACCAUCACAAGAUGACAUAAAACAAGUGUCAAGAUGCUGCAUAAAUUUUCCAUAGUCGCCUGUCAAAUUUUGACCAAUCAGAGCACAAAAGUUAAACGUAGAGCGUGGCCAGCGCAUGACCAUGGUUAGAAGAGUCACAAAAGACUGCCUUCUCUGCAUGGAAAAAGCCGGCUGAAUUUUCGCGUCCGAGGUCAGUUUGAAAUCAAAAUUUUAUUUAAAUAGAGCGGCUCGAGAACACAACUUAUUUCAUGUACAUUAAAAAUAAUCGAACUUGAGCCUGCGAUCAUUGGAAAAGUAGUGACUUGUUAGCGGAUACCUUCCAAAAAACAUUCGAACUCAGUGGAUCGACACCUGAUCCGGCGACACUGUCGGGUGAUACUGGUUAGCGGAUACACAGUUUUAACAGUUGUCAAUUGAUCACAACAUAAAUGUAAAAUAUCAGGUUGCAGGCCCCCAAAGUAGCUAGAAACUGUGAGAUUAAACAUAGGUAUGCCUGUGGUGCGCACGGACGGUUAGGCGGUCAAUGUACGGUCACGUGGUUGCCACAUUUUCUAAGAUGGAUAGAUUUUCUAAGCUAUGGGACUCCGCCACAAAUACAGAAUUGAGCCCGUGAUGAAAUUAAAAUAUUAGCGGAAAACUUCAACAAAUACGUGACGUUAAUGGGUAGAAAAAUGAGCCCGCGAUAAAGUCAGGUGAUGAUGGUCAGUAGAUGCUCUAGUUUGACAGCUGUCAAUCGACCUUCAUUAGAAUGGCGAAUAAUCGAAUAAACGGACUGCGAAUAUGGCAGCUUAUUUUGCGUGAGCAUUUCAGUCCAGCUUGUAGUGGGGGCGAAUUAGAAAUGCGCGAUCGUGUACCUGAGCCCACGUUAUUACUCUGCACAUGUCCCAUUUUGACAGCUGUCAAUUGGCCUUAAUUUGGCUUGAACAUUUAUCUUUAGCUACUGACGGCCGACUGACAGUCCUGCCCGGUGAAAGCGUAGUUUAAUUUUUAUGUUGGUGAUUGUGACAUAUUACAUCAGCGUGCUUGUAGGGGCAAAACGACUUGUCUUUUAUCUAAGUCCACGAGAUGAUCAUGAGAUACUUGUCAGCGGAUGACCGAUUUUGACCGGUGUCAAAUCAUCUUUAUGCGGAUGGCUUACAUUAAAGUCAGGCUAUUGUAGUCUAAUGUGACACUUGACAUCGGCUUACAUGUAAUGAGUGAACUGAACGGGCUGGCAGGCGUACGCUACGUCAUAACCAAAUUUUCUGGGAUGGAUAGUUUACCAAAUUUUCUUAGCGAUGGGGCUCCUCGCGUGCGCUCCUCGAGGAGAUCCGCUAUUAAUAUUUCCAAACUAGAGCUCUUACAUAUCAACUUUGGCCUUCAUUUUCUCGGCUUCUAUUUAACGAAAAUGCUUCAUGUUUAGAAUUUGAGUUCAGGUUAGAGUACGUUUCAAAUAAGCGAUUUUAUAAUCAUGACAAUUUUUUUGACUUCAUAGCUUAAAAAUUUGACGGCCAUAAGAGUCGAAUUCUAUAAUUGUCUUCGUAAAUCCCAGUUAACCGAUGUUAACAGAACCAAAUAUUUAACACCAAGGUAAAGCCGGUCUGUUUCAGAAAAUCCCAUCUUUUUCAAUUUAACCCAACUGAACAUCUCAUUGAGGCGGGUGUCUAAUUACUCCGAACAGGAACGUUCGUUACGAUUCGAUGGAGCAAGACUAUCCAACCAGCUGUGGAAAUUCAAAGCGAUGGGCCAUAAACUAAAGGAUGUCAAGGAAAUAAUGCCCCAAGGAGGGCCCACAAUUCAUAUUUUAAAAUAG